GUAAACAGAGAACAACGAGAAUAAUGGCCGCCAUCACCACUGCAUUGAUCGCCAUUGCUGGACUGGUUCUUGGCUGGAUUACCAUCGAAAUGGCCUGCAAGCCCUGCCUCGAAAGGGGACGAGAAGCCAUUGAUCGAUCUCUGAAUCCCGAUUACGAUCCUGAUGAAGAGAAUACCAGUAACUCAAUUCGUGCUCCUCUCAUUCCCAACCCCAAUCCCGAUCCCGAUCCAAAUGCUGUUGAUGCUGCGACUUCCACCAAUGUCAAGGUUGUCUGAACAAAGUUUGUUUCAUUCCCUUUUUGGAUUGUUGGGUACCAGUAAUACGCUACUUACAUUUAUCGAUGUUUUGUGGACUCUUGAGCUUUGUGUUAAUGCUUCCUAGUUCCUUAUCAAAGAAAUUUGUUUUUCUUCUUGUGAAUUGGUGAAAAGAGGAUUGAUCAAGAUUGUCUGAACUCGAGUUGGGCUUCAUUCCUCUUUUUAA